AUGGUACGCCCCACUCCCUGCCGCUAGCCGCUGUUGUAUCCGAUGCUACUGAACAGAUUUGUCGCGAUACAAACUACCUACACACUGGCAUUAAAGCCACGAAAAGAUGCUCCUUCACAGGAUUAAAACAAUAAAAACUACAAGAAGAAGUCUGGGAAAACUUUACCCAACUGUGCCCAAACUUUGAUAGAUUACAACAACCCAAUUCACUUCCCUUACAGUGUUAGCAUUGUUUUAUCUCACCACUAUUGGCCAUUGGACGCGUUUUUUUGGUGUUUUUUUUUCUUCUUCUGGAGCAGUCCUGUCUGAUGAAUUCACCGAAAAAAGACGGAGAUGAUGAUGUGCCCGUUAAAGACCCGGUAAAAUACGGCGAAUUGGUCAUUUUGGGGUACAAUGGCUCGCUUCCAAGCGGUGACCGUGGGCGCAGAAAGAGCCGCUUUGCUCUGUACCGAAGGGCCAAGGCUAAUGGUGUCAAGCCCAGCACUGUGCACAUCCUCAACACACCACAGGACAGCAAGGCUGUGCACAGCAGGGGGCAGCACAGCAUCUCUUUCACUCUGUCCCGGAACCAGACAGUGGUGGUGGAGUACUGCCAUGACAACAACACAGACAUGUUCCAGAUCGGACGCUCCACAGAAAGCCCUAUUGACUUCGUGGUGACAGACACCUCUGGAGGGGGAAAGGAGGGGGAGGACCCCUCCAUCGCUCCCAGCACCAUCUCACGUUUUGCCUGCAGAGUGGUGUGUGAGCGCAACCCUCCUUACACUGCACGCAUCUAUGCCGCAGGCUUUGACUCCUCCAAAAAUAUCUUCCUAGGGGAGAAAGCUACCAAAUGGAAAAACCCAGAUGGGCACAUGGAUGGCCUGACCACCAACGGGGUGCUAGUGAUGCACCCAGAGGGGUUCCCAGAGGACCCCAAGCAGGGUCUGUGGAGGGAGAUCUCAGUCUGUGGUGAUGUCUACGCCCUGCGGGAGACACGCUCUGGACCCAGCCGGGGCAAACUGGCGGAGGGUGAGAGCAGCGCACUACGUGACGGCUCCUUGGUUGAUCUGUGUGGUGCCACCCUGCUUUGGCGCACAGGAGAGGGGCUCCUACGCGCUCCCACCCUGCGUCACCUGGAAGCACUUCGGCAGGAGCUGAAUGCGUCCCGGCCUCAGUGCCCUGUAGGUCUCAGCACACUGGCCUUCCCCAGCCUGCCACGCAGUCACAGCCUUGAAGAACGACAGCCCUGGGUCUACCUCACCUGUGGCCAUGUCCAUGGACGCCACGACUGGGGCCAGAGAUCUGAGGGAGAAGAUUUACCAGGAGAGGGUGAAGGCUCCACAGUCCGCCGAGAAUGUCCCCUGUGCAGGAGCGUGGGUCCCUACGUGCCUCUGUGGCUGGGGUGUGAGCCCGCUGUGUACGUGGACGCCGGAGCUCCCACUCACGGUUUUGUGCCGUGCGGCCACGUCUGCUCAGAGAGGACAGCCAGGUACUGGGCUGAGACGCCUCUGCCCCACGGGACGCACGCCUUCAGACCCGUCUGCCCCUUCUGCUCCACUGCCCUCAGCACCCCCGGGUGGACGCGGCUCAUCUUCCAGGGCCCCAUCGACUAGUCGCCACACCACAGCAACCACUAUCACAGUAACAAAAAAAUGCCUGAGCUUCAUUCACGUCACAAAUGUUGAUUAGUGUUCAGUAUUGAAAGGUAAUUCACUUGGAUUAUUAAAGAAUGUGUGUUUUACUCUCAGGGCACUCUGAGUGUACAACAAACAUUGUGUUACUGACUGAAGCCCUAGGCGGAGGAUUCCUUCCCCUUAUUUCUCCUUCAAUGCUUGUUGAUUGGUUCAGGAUCUGGAGGACAGGUGAAUGAAUAGCACAACCGAAUAGUCGAUACUGUCAUGUGACCAUUAAGUCCAGUUCUCUGUCAUCGAGGAGUCUGUUUGUCAUUCUAACCAAACACUACACAAGCUGAAUUCACAAUGCUGCUUCAGAAA